AUGAAGCGCAGGCUUAAAUCUGAGCCAGGUCUAACUUUUGUACAGUUGAUGCAAGCAGCAAUUAUCUGGUCGGAAGAGGAGGAGACGCAGACUUCUAGUAAUGUAAGGUCCAGUACUCGAGCCAGAGGAGUGGUGAAUGUUACCGCAGCACAAGAUGCUCCUUCUGCCCUGUCGCUAGAGAAACUGCAUGAAGCGAUCCAAAAAAUAGCUGCUCGUCAAGAGGAACUAUAUCAAGCUGUGUACGGAAAAGGAAGAAAUAAGCCACAACCAAGCCAGCCUAAGAAACAACCGUUAAAAGACAGCAAAGGCCGGUAUAUUUGUUAUUCAUGUGGUGAACCUGGCCAUACCAGCCGUUACUGUUCACAAACUGGCAAUUUAAAGAGAGAACCAGCUCCACCUCAGCAUGUGGAUUCAGCUGAAAUGUUAGAGGAUGACUCAAGAGGAGCAGUGCAAAAAAGUCCGGGGCCGUCGUUGAUUCGAUGUCACACAGUAGAGUGGACAGCUGACGAUACCGCUGAAAAACUGAGAGACAGCGCUUUUGGGGACUGCCUAGUUGUUGAUGUGAAGAUCGCCGGUGUUGGAACCAAAUGCCUCCUGGAUACAGGAUCAGAGGUAUCUACUAUAUCUGAGUCACACUUUAAGGAACACUUUGGAGAGCAAAAGCUAAAGCUAUCCUCUGCAUGUUGGGUCAAGUUAACCGCAGCCAAUGGAUUGGACAUCCCUGUCUUAGGAUGCCUGCAGGCCGAUGUAGAAUGUCUUGGAAAAGUACUGCCUGGAAAAUGUAUAUUCGUCCUCAACGACACAAGUCCAGAUGUGAAAGAAAUGAAAGGUGUGUCUGGAAUCAUCGGAAUGAAUAUACUUAAUGAAAUUCAGUCUUUGUUUAUCUCAGCAGAGGGAAUGGAGAAAGUCAACAAGUACACUCGACAGGAUGAGGCUCAGGUUCGAAGAGUGCUAGCCAGAGUGGAAAAGGAAGUAGGACCACUGGGACGUGAUGGAAGGAUUGGAUAUGUUAAGAUUGCUGGAAAACAAGCUGUCACUAUCCCCCCUCGUUGUGAGAAGGUGCUGGAGGGACGUUGUGGAGUGUCGUCCAAGAUAACGAGCCAAGUGCUAGUUGAGCCAACAGCUGGGACAAGUUUGCCAAAAGGGCUUUUAGUAGCACAUGUUCUUGCUAGAACAGAAGAUGGAAAGGUCCCUGUGCGUAUGUUGAACUUGAGUGAAAAGACAGUUAGACUUGCUCCUCGAUCUAGAGUCGCUUCUGUGUACAGACCAAAAGAGGUCAUCACAAAGGAUGUGCUUGAGUUUCAGGAAAACGACGGCGUACUUCAUGUAAAAGAAAUGGCAAGAGAAAAUGGACCAGCCGAUGAAACCUUGCUCGCACAGUUACCAGUUCCUAUCGAAGUGAAUUCUGAAGGACUAACACAGGCUCAAUUCAAAAAGCUAGUGGAGUUGCUAACAAAGCACAGAGACGUUUUCUCUAAGGAUGACCAGGACUAUGGCUAUACUACAGCUGUCUUGCACAAUAUUCCAACCGGUGACGCACCACCAAUAAAGCAGCGUCAUCGCCGAAUACCACCACACAUAUUCCAAGAAGUCAAAAGACAUGUCCAGAAUCUGGUGUUGCAAGGAAUCCUCACAGAGAGUAGUAGUCCUUGGGCAUCACCGGCAGUUAUUGUCAUGAAGAAGGAUGGGAGCAUCCGUUUCUGUUGCGAUUACAGAAAGCUAAACCAAGUGACGUGUAAGGAUGCGUAUCCUCUUCCAAGGGUGGAUGAGUCCCUAGAUGCCUUGGGUAAUGCCAAACUGUUUUCUACCCUAGAUUUGACUGCUGGGUACUUCCAGGUAGCCAUGAGUGAUAAGGACAGAGAGAAGACGGCUGUUACUACCCCAUUUGGCCUGUUCGAGUGGUCUCGGAUGCCAUUCGGGCUUUGUAAUGCCCCAGCCACUUUUCAGCGCCUUAUGGGGGUGGUUUUAGGUGACCUAGCCUUUGAUGUUCUUCUUGUCUAUCUGGACAAUGUUAUUGUCUCUCUAAAGACUUUGAAAGCCACUGUGAGAGGUUGGAACUUGUCUUUAACCGUCUGA